AUGAUUUUGUUCCUGACCUGCAUGACCAUAACAAUAAACAUUUGUUUUUCCAGCAACCCUUGUUCAUUGAGAACCCUGUCCGUUGACGGGCAUUUCAGCUUUGAUGAAGUUCACCAUGCAGCCAAAGACUUCGGCAAUAGGUUUCAGCUACUCCCUUUGGCAGUACUAUAUCCAAAGUCAGUUUCUGAUAUUGCCACUACGAUAAGGCAUAUUUGGCAGAUGGGUCCUAAUUCAGAGCUCACAGUUGCAGCAAGAGGCCACAGUCACUCACUCCAGGGUCAGGCACAAGCCCACCAAGGAGUUGUAAUCAACAUGGAAUCACUCCAAGGCCGUAAAAUGCACGUGCAUACUGGGAACUAUCCAUAUGUGGAUGCUUCUGGUGGUGACUUAUGGAUAGAUAUCCUGCGCGAAUGCCUGAAGUAUGAGUUGGCACCAAAAUCAUGGACAGACUACUUACAUUUAACUGUUGGUGGUACUUUGUCCAAUGCUGGGGUUAGUGGGCAGGCGUUUCGGCAUGGCCCUCAGAUCAAUAAUGUCCAUCAGCUAGAAGUUGUUACAGGAAUGGGAGAAGUAUUAAAUUGCUCGGAGAAGCAGAAUAGCGACCUAUUUCACAGCGUUCUUGGAGGACUAGGCCAGUUUGGCAUCAUAACACGGGCGAGAAUAUCCUUGGAACCAGCAUCUGAUAUGGUGAAAUGGAUAAGAGUUCUCUACUCAGACUUUACAACAUUUGCCGCAGACCAAGAGCGUUUAAUAGGGGCAGGAAGCACAUUCGAUUACAUUGAAGGAUUUGUGAUAAUUAACAGGACUGGUCUCCUGAAUAACUGGAGGUCAUCUUUCAAUCCUCAAGACCCAGUUCAAGCUAGCCAGUUUCAGUCAGAUGGAAGAACUCUAUACUGCUUAGAAUUGGCCAAAUACUUCAACCGAGACAGGAUAGAUGCCCUAAAUGAGGAAGUCAGGAAUUUGCUGUCUCAACUAAGAUACAUCACAUCAACACUUUUCCUAACGGAAGUUCCAUACUUAGAAUUCUUGGACAGAGUUCAUGUCUCUGAGGUCAAACUACGGUCUAAGGGUUUGUGGGAAGUUCCGCAUCCAUGGCUCAAUCUUCUUGUCCCAAAAAGCAAAAUAAAUGAUUUUGCUGAUGAAGUCUUUGGCAAUAUCCUUACAGACACCAGCAACGGUCCAAUCCUUAUCUACCCGGUUAACAAAUCAAAAUGGGACAACAGAACUUCUGUUGUUAUUCCAGAUGAAGAUAUUUUCUACUUAGUGGCUUUCCUUACCUCUGCAGUGCCCUCAUCCACUGGAAAUGAUGGCUUAGAACAUAUCUUAACUCAGAAUAAAAGAAUAUUAGAAUUUUGUGAAACAGCACGCCUUGGGAUGAAGCAAUAUCUGCCCCACUACACUACACAGGAAGAAUGGAAAGCCCACUUUGGUCCGCGAUGGGAAGUUUUUGCCCAGAGAAAAUCUAUUUAUGACCCCCUGGCAAUACUUGCUCCUGGCCAGAGAAUAUUUCAAAAGGCAAUAUCUUUCUCGUGA